CAGCUGAAGUAGAAUUCUCCAAUUCUGUUUAAUAACUCCAUAUUAUCGAAUGGAUGAACAAGCAGUUGCUGCAGCUGCAGCAACUGUAACCAGAAACGAAUCUGCUGUUGCGAACGACGUACAUCUGUGACUCUGGCUGGGUAGAAAGGUGCCGCAGGUGCUGGGUAGAAUGCCACACCGACAUGUCCAAAUCUGCUUCGUCUCGCCGACCACUUCUUCGAACAGCAGCCAAUGAAUUGACAGAAAGUAUUGCUGCUGUUCCUAACGCAUCGACUUCGUCGCCGUUAAAUGCUGGAGCUGUCGUCGAAGGGUUUUGUGGGAAAAGCAGUUCCUCUGGAGCAGCGCUUUCGAUAACCGCUUUCAAUAACGGUGACAGCCACAACAAUAAAACAAUGGCGGUAGGCGGCGAGAACUUGGCGUUGGCGGGAUCAUCUGUUUCAAGUGGAAACACAAACGCAACAAACGCAGGUGGUGCUACUACCAACUCCCCCCCAUGCGAACGAGAGUUAUUUGAAGCUUGCAGAAACGGGGACGUCGUGCGGGUACGCAAAUUGCUUGCACCUACCAAUGUCAACGCCAGAGACACAUCGGGUCGGAAAAGUACUUGUCUACAUUUCGCGGCAGGUUUCGGCCGUCGUGAGGUCGUCGAAUUGCUCCUAGCUAAUGGGGCGACUGUUGGAGCUCGUGAUGACGGAGGCCUUGUUGCGUUACACAACGCGUGCUCGUUUGGCCAUGCCGAAGUUGUUGGACUUCUUCUUGUUGCUGGAGCUGAUCCUAAUGCCCGCGAUAAUUGGAGUUACACCCCGUUACAUGAAGCCGCUACCAAAGGCAAAAUUGACGUAUGCCUUGUACUUCUACAACGGGGAGCAGACCCGACUAUCCGAAAUUCCGACGGGAAAACCCCGCUGGACCUUGCAGAUCCGUCCACGCGUCCUGUUUUAACCGGAGAAUAUAGAAAAGAUGAGCUAUUGGAGGCCGCACGUUCUGGGGAUGAGGAGCGUUUAAGGGCGUUACUCUCACCGCUAAACGUCAAUUGUCAUGCGAGUGACGGAAGACGCUCGACUCCACUUCAUUUGGCUGCUGGAUACAAUCGUGCUAGAGUUGUGCGCCUUCUUUUGGAGCGGGGUGCUGACGUGCAUGCCAAGGACAAAGGCGGACUCGUGCCUUUGCAUAAUGCUUGUUCCUAUGGACACCAUGAGGUUACGGAGCUUCUAUUAGCAGCAGGAGCGAAUGUUAAUGCUCGUGACCUAUGGGCCUUUACGCCAUUACAUGAGGCUGCCGCUAAGGGACGGCGAGAGGUGUGUGAGCUACUUUUGGCUCAUGGCGCCGAUCCUUCACUCUCUAACUGCCACGGACGAACGGCAAUCGAGAUGGCACCCAAUAGAGAACUACAGCAAAGCUUACUCUACGAAUACCGAGGUUAUAGUUUGCUAGAGGCAUGUCGUAUCGGUGAUGUAUCUCGCGUGAAGAAGCUACUGACCUGCUUGUCUGAAGUCAUAACAUUUAGGUGCACAUUAACUGGAGACGGAGCCCUUCAUCGUGCUAUUGCUGGCUCUGUCUCAACCAUCUCUUCUAGCUUCAACGGCAACAAUAAUCACACCGUAAUGAAUAACUGUCACAAUAGCAGCAACAAUAGCCCAUCGAAGCAUGCUCUUUGCGGCGGGGGAACUUCUGCAACUGCUGCUGGUUUCUCAGCGGCGUCUUCCCGCCGUAAAUUAGUUGAGCUUUUAAUUCGAAAGGGAGCUCCCCUGAGUGAACGGAACAAACGCCUGGACACGCCUUUGCACCUCGCCGCAGACCACGCUCUAAUCGAUGUGAUCGAUUUACUUGCGCGCAAUGGAGCCAAAUUAAACGCGGUCGAUGGAAACGGCGAAACUCCGUUACACCGUUGUGGACGAGCGGGGGGUGCUGGUCCAGUUGCUGUUUCUGCGGCGAAAGCCCUGUUGGCUCUCGGCGCAGAUCCUCGAACGCCCAAUGUCCACGGGAUGAUCCCUGCCCAAGUAGUAAACCAUGAAGUGAGCAAAUUAUUAUCGGAUUUACCAGAAGAUUCGUUAGCUGCCCAGUCUGAAUAUCAGUUAUUGGAAGCUUCGAAAGCAGGGAAUGUCGAUAUUGUGGAUCGCAUCUUGAACGCCCGACCGGAACUCGUCAACUGUCGGGACUUCGAUGGGAGGCAAUCAACGCCUUUACACUUUGCAGCCGGUUACAAUAGGGUCUCCGUUGUAGAGCGCCUAUUAACAUCCGGAGCGGAUGUCCACGCUAAAGACAAGGGCGGCCUUGUACCUCUGCAUAAUGCGUGCUCAUAUGGUCACCGGGAAGUGGCCCUACUUCUUGUUCGUCACGGAGCCAACGUCAACGUAACAGAUCUCUGGAAAUUCAGUCCAUUACACGAAGCUGCGGCGAAGGGGAAGUACGACAUCGUCAAACUUCUACUAAGUCAUGGAGCUGAUCCGUCAAAAAAAAACCGCGAUGGUCAUACUCCGCUCGAUCUCGUCAAAGAAGGAGACCAGGACGUAGCAGAUGCACUGCGGGGCGAUGCCGCUGUGCUGGAGGCUGCCAAAAGGGGCGAAUUAUGUCGUUUGGUAAAGUUACUUUCACCUGCCAAUAUUAAUUGUAGAGAUCAGCAGGGCCGCAAUUCCACACCUCUACAUUUGGCGGCAGGGUACAAUAAUGUGGAAGUGUUGGAGUACCUUUUAGAGCGAGGAGCGGACGUCAAUGCGCAAGACAAAGGUGGCCUUAUACCUCUGCACAAUGCUUCAUCGUAUGGACAUCUUGACAUCGCUGCCCUCCUUAUCAAGUUUGGGACAUCGGUUAACGCUCGUGAUCGUUGGGGCUUUACGCCGUUGCAUGAAGCGGCGCAGAAAGGCCGCACUCAGCUAUGCUCUCUUCUUCUCGCUCACGGAGCUGAUCCACUUAUUAAAAACAACGAGGGACAAACCCCAUUAGAACUAGCGACUGCUGAGGAUGUAUGUUGUCUCCUUCAAGAUUCCCUUCCUGCCACAGUUCCUCUUGCAACUACAGCUAAGGGCAGUCACCUUAAUCAUGCUGCUGUCAAGGAAUCGAAAGCCUCUCCAGACAAUACGAGAUUGGAGCAAGAGUUAGACGGUUGCGAGGGUCAACUCAAUCAGCGGCAAUCAAACAGCCUGAACAAUGCUGGCUCGUUUAACGCCUCCAGUGGAAUUGAUGAUGAAAAUGGGGGCCAAUUGAUUCCAGUCACUGACUUCAGUAGCCAGAACGGAACUCUUGUUCCGGCAGUCCCUGUAGGUUCUUCUAGCGAAGCGGUUGUAAAGAGCACAUGUGUGGGGGAGGAACAGUAUGUCGACCUUGAUAUACCCUCGGCAAUUAGCCUUCUUGCCAUGCACCGACGACAACUGCAGCCACAUCAACAACAGGCUCAAGUUACACAGAUUUUGCGAGAGUCGUCCGAAACGGCGCCAGUAACGUCCAUUAGCAGUAUUAAGGCCGGUAGCAGUAAUGGUAGUAAUGGGGUUAGUGUGCUUGUGGGAACAGCCGACAUUUCAGCAACGGGUAACUCUCCAAAGCUACAACAAGUUCUGGAAUUGUUGGAUCAAUUAAAUCUGGCUAGUCUAAAAGGUCUGUUUAUUCUGGAACACAUCACGAUCGAUGUUCUAGCAGAAAUGGGUCAUCAAGAACUUAAACAAGUCGGAGUUCACGCCUACGGACAUCGUCAUAAAAUCAUCAAAGGGGUUGAGAAAAUUGUCUUGGCAGGAAGUGAUAGGGUAGUAUCGUCACCCGCAACGUCCGAAAGUUUGCUAUCGACUGUCGGGGCUUCGGCAAAUGCCGCCGGAGGCUCAUCAACCAUGCUCAUUGAUCUUUCAGCUGACGAUAUUGAAUUCCUAGCAGUCGCUGAAGAGAUGCAAGGAAGCAUACGCGAGCACGUCGAUGGAGGACAAGCUGGCGGAAUCUUUGCUAGGUAUAAUAUAUUGAAAAUUCAAAAAGUGCGUAAUAAUCGUUUGCUUGAGAGGUACUGCCACCGACGUAAAGAAGUGACCGAAGAAAAUUACGGUAACGCUAAUGAGCGGAUGCUCUUUCAUGGAUCUCCAUUUGUUGGGGCUAUUGUACAUAAAGGUUUUGAUGAGCGUCUUUCAUAUAUGGGCGGCAUGUUCGGUGCAGGGAUCUAUUUUGCCGAGAACUCUUCAAAGAGCAAUCAAUACGUGUUUGGAUACUGCGGCGGGAACGGUUGUGCGACGCAUAAGAACCGCUCGUGUUAUCACUGCCCGCGACAAAUGCUUAUGUGCCGAGUCACAUUAGGCAAAGCAUUUCUACAAUUCAGCGCUAUGAAGGUGGCCCAUGCGCCUCCGGGACAUCACUCGAUUAUCGGACGACCCAGCGCUGGCGGACUCCGUUUCUCCGAGUACGUUGUCUAUCGGGGUGAACAGGCUUAUCCUGAGUACCUUAUCACUUACCAGAUUGUACCCAGGGAUAGUAACUCUUCGGGCGGCGCGGCCCAAUCCAGCCAUUGUUAACAGAUAGUACGGCUACGUUAUCACUAUUGUCGUUUAGGAAGCGAUGCGAUAUUAACUGUGUACACAUUUCAUCUAGUUGCUGAUCUCCCGGCAACAGUUGUCUAAUUCAUUCAUUUUUAGAAAAUAUUGAUUCGUUUUGGCAAAUGAUGCCGUUUGUAUCAAGUUUGUAACUUUCAAGGAUAAUAUAGAACUAAUCUUAGGGUAGCUUGAAUUUCGUGCAACAAACUUCGAACAACGAAUCUGUUUCGCUAUAGCAACUAAAAUUACCUGCCGUACAUUGGAAGUGAUGGAAAAAUUUGGAAAGAAGUUAUAGCUGAAAACUUUAGACGCUGUAAACACGUGCAAAGGUUUGGAUGUUCCGAGAGAUUUUUAUCAUAACCGGGUAUAUCAAUUAGAAGUAGGUGCCUCCACGCAGCGUAGACUACUUGACUAAUGACCGAUUCAAAGUAAAAUUACCCGCUUAGGAAAAGUUUUUCAAUAUCUAUUUACUGUAACUUUGUUUACUUUUUUCUAUUUGAAAUCGUAUCGAAGGCAAAAGCUAGAUCAUUAGGGCUCGAUUCAGCGAUAAACCUAUGGGUCAUCAAGCGACAAGGCGAAAGCUAUUUGGUGCUAUAGUUAGUAAAUAUUUUGCUUUCACACAGAUAUCGCAAUCUAUGUCGAUCUUCAGAAGUAAACGCUGGGACCACUGAUUCAUUUUGUUCUGCAUAGACUUAGGUACAUUUCUAGAUCAGGAUAAUGUUACUGAUUGACCGUUUGUGAUACCUCAUUCUACAAUCUUGCUCCUCGAAGUAGAGUAAAACAGGAUUAUCCUAACUAGUUCAUUAGUCUAAUCCAUCUGCUAUCGGUCCAGUAAGGAAUCAAUAUUGUGGAGGAAACUUUAAUUGCGUCGUAGUAGGUUGCAAUGCGUAAAUUCGUAGCCCGGAUUAUAGCUAGAUUUUUUAGGUCUCAAAUUCUAUCCUCCACAUGUACAUCGGACAUGAUAUCUCGAGGCUACCUAUAGGCAAACAUGCUAGAUUUAUUUUCAUGUGGGUAACACUUAUAAAGCCUGCAGCAGGACCAGCCGUAAUAAUAAUCGAUCAUCGAAACCUAGUUAUGAAUUCAUUAAAUUAUAAAUAAAAAAGGGCCAUAAAAUACAAGAAUACGAUAAUGCAAGUCUCGUUUAAAAAUCGAUGUGGAAGAAGCGACAUUGUACGCCGAUAAGCAUAUUUGAGCUUGCUUUCCGCGAGUCUAUCAUAGGUGUGCUUUCUGAGCUCUGAAUAGCUUUGCCCCAGUCUUUAUGCUCAAUAGUUGAUAAGCGAAUGGUAUAGUACUUUUCAAUCUGACGUAGCAUUUAUUUUCUGGAUGUGUAGCUCGUUUGGCUAAAUAAAUUCCAACAGUCCUGUAGAUCUGUCGGAAGUCUUGGACCGCCUAGAGUUUACCUUUUCUAUUCAGAAACUGAAUGUGAGACGAUGCGUAUGGCAAGUACGGGCUUAGCCCGCUCGUGAUAAAACCCGUAUCGUCCUGACAAACUGUCCCGUAAGUUCCGUGUUCCCCACCGUAGCUGUUUCGUCUUACGGUGUGACGAGUGUGGAACUUUCCAUAAAUGUUCGCCCCUUAGUCUUUCUCUUAACGCUAUUAGGACUACGAUUAGAAGAAGAAAAAGGAGGACAGGGGCGUCUUGGCAUCGAUGUGACAGAUCGUAGACAGUCACAAGUGGCCAGUGUUGUACCCGUUAGGCUGAAAUUUUUCUCUGUGGCCAGGAGAAUAUGGCGAUCACUUAUCCUUAUACCUUACUGUACAUAGUUGAUAUAAAUUAUUGAAA